AACAUGCAAUGUCAACAUUGACAGUGCAGGGUGGGGGGAAAAUAUGAGAAACUUCCUAAUUUGUGGAAUACUGCAUUUGCAAUGGUGUACUUUAACCACCAGAUGGGGGCAAAGGCACAAAAAUCCAAAGUGCUUUGAAUUGUCGUCAGCCACAAACAAUUGGCCAUGUUUUGGGUUAUACUGACUGAAUUGUAAUUGGCAGCGUAAGGAGAUGUGGUCAAUAGGAUUUCCAGGCAUCAAAGUUCCACAUUUCUAAAAUGAUGAUAAUGGACUGAUGAUAAUUACAGACAGUGGCAGGUGCGUGUAAGUGGCGGUCGGGUGGAGCUUAAAAGUCCCAAGGGCGGAGGAACAAAUCUCCCAAGUGACGAGAAGCGCCAGCAAGUGAUCGUCACGCUCACGGUUUUCUUGUCGAGAAGUUUUGCACGCGGAGAGAUGGAGUCUGCGGUUGCGGACCCCGCCAUCGUAGACCGCAAGAGGAACCUCGCAAACUGCGAGAUGCAGUUGAGGAGGCUGCAGGAGCUCGUCCUCAGGCUGGAGCUCAACGACAAGCGGCUGCCCGCCAGUCCCCGGGGUCACUGGCCUUGCACGCCGCCUCCCUACCAGCCGGGCUCCCUGGUAGUAACCCCCGAGGGCUGGCUCGAGUCUUUCCAACAGAACGAACCUUUUGUUCUUGACGAGGUGGAACUUUUAGACUCGGACAUUUUUGGAUUCUCUGAUAAUGAAACGUGGUUGUACGUGCCCCCCAAAGCCAAUGAAUCGAAGGCAGCGAAGCCUCUAAUUCCCUUAAAAUGGUGCCGGCACAUUCUGGAGGCUCCUGAAUGGAAGCGAGCGAGGCGUUCCAUGUGCCUCCAACUGGAGUCAGCUUCCUGUUGGCGUAGAUUGAGCAGUCCCCGGGCCUCCUCCACCCCGCGGCCUCCAAGCAGAGUUGCCGUCGUGUCCCCCAUCGGCACGCCGCGAUCCGGCACAACCCACUCCAGCCCCGUGUCGCCUGAGACACCCGCGUCCUCUCGGCCUCACUCUCAGAGUCCCAUUGGGAGGGCAAGGACUCCCACCUUCAUCCCCCACCUGACCCGUGGCAGCAGCCUGCGCGGCUGUAGCCCUCGGCCCCGUGUGGCCUGUGACGUCAUCUCUCCCGGGGUGGAUGAGGAUGACUUGUUCCCUCACGGCUACAAACUGCAGGAUCUGACUGACGUGCAGGUGGUGGCGCGCCUGCAGGAGGAGAAACUCAGACAGGAUUGCGCCAGCACUUCAUCCGCCCUGGCCAAGCGACGCAGCCAGAGCAUCACCUUCCCACUCAGCGCUCCCCCCGACCUGGAGGAGGAAGAAAAGGGGGACGACGGAGAUUACGGCCCUGUGCCGCCAGAGCGCCACCUCUGGCUACUGCCGCUCGCCCGCACCUUCUCCAGCGCCAGAGAUUUGCAAAGCAGCAGCAGCUUCCUGUCCUUACAUCCCUACACCCCACCGCUCCCCUCUGCAGACCCAAUGCAACUGUCUUUCAAACUAGGAACAGAUAAGAUGCAGAGGAGCUUGCCCAACCUUGCCCAAGCUCACAGUGUUCCCAGCGCUUCUUUACUUCAUAACAGCCAGAGCUUUGAUUCUCCAGGCUGGUUGACACGCCUGCAGUCCUCCAUAUCUAUCCCAGGGGCCUCACCGAUCCUGCGGCACACCAGAGUCCAGAGUACGGGCAGUGUAUCUUCACCGUCACGGCAACCACUGAAGGCCACUGCCUAUGUCAGCCCUAGCAUCAGGAAUUCAGCCUACCUGCUUACCCCACGGUCGCUGGGCAACAGCGGCAGCAGGAUCCCAAUACUCAGUAAAUCCUCCUCCCUCUGUCUGUCAAGCCCCAGCCCGCCUUGGUCCACCUUCUUCAACGACACCGCAAGCCCCAUCGCCAGCUGCAAGGUGGCCCAAGCACGGCACAGGUAUAGAAAUAUGGUGCGCUUAGUUUCCACAUGACCUUGAAAGUGCAGUUCUGAUGUUCUAUGCGACCGCAAUGUUGUCAUGCUUUUAGUUUUCUGAUGCCGCCAAAGUGUUUAUGACCCUGCCUGGAGGGAUAGCCGCAACUGAUGGCACCCUGUAGCUUAGGCUAUCCCGCCUUUUAAAGUUGUCAAGUAUUUAUUGUAACGUGAUUUCAGCCUGUGCCUAGGGAGAGUUGUCAUUGCUGCUUCUAUGCAACAAACACCCUUUUACAAUUACUUGAGCUAUUUAUAGAUGUAAAAGUGUGGUCAUUAAUCAGUUUUUACCGAUUUAACAUGUGCCAAUAAUGCUGCUAAAAUCAGAUUUCUCCAGUAUGUGGGUGCUUUGUAUGUAUUAAGCUAUAACUGUAGUAAAUAUUUAUUGGUGGUGUACUUUUUAAGAUGCUUGUCUCAAUGUGGUUUGAUUUAAGAAAACACGACGCACACAAAAUACAAACUUGGUUUGUUCAAAUUUAAAUAAAAAAUUCAGAUUGUUCAGGUUUGCUUUUCACCCUAAAUGUCACAGUAAAUGCACAGUGUAAAGUAGCACCCUUUGUUUAUGGUUGUUGUGGCACAAUUUGAUGUUUUGAUGAUGGACUAAAUGAGUGAAUACUUUUAAUAAAAUCCACU